AGACAUCUAAUAACAGAAGCUACAAAUCGACACUCAUGUCUGGUUACGCUAUAGUGGCACAACUUGAUAGAGCUAUGAUUCACACUGGAAAUUUGCAGAUAUUAACGCAUCGUUAGUCCAGAGAUAACAUCAGCCAGACGGUAAUUAUUUCUGCCAAAGCACCCAGCUAAUGAGUCCGGUUAGUAGACCAACCCUAGCCAUCAUCCCGAUGAUCACACGUUUAUCUGCCACAUGGUUGAUCGUUGUCAUCCUUCAACUGCUCCAGAGGAACCUCAAUAUGUUAGCAGUGAAUUUCGGGUUUACACUCCUGGUUGUACUAACCCUAACGUUGAGCGUCGUCAAAAGUAGUCCAACAAAGAAUCCACUUGUUCGGAAUGAGGGAAAGACCACCUACAAAAUCCGUCUCACCAAAGCCAUCUGCGUAGAUCUUCCGUACGAAAUAGCCUGGAAUGUGACCUGCCGAUUGAAGCUGUAUCGAGAUCAACCCUCCAGGAUGCUGUUUCGCGUCGAGGUCGAUCAGGUGGAUCAUAUUUUUCUCACCUUCGCAAUGUACUACAAGUACCAUCUGACCUAUCAACCGCUGCUGAUGGAGACCACCUUCGACGUGUGCAGCUAUCUGGAGAAGUUCAAGAACCGCGGCUAUGCGAGUGUAGCUCCCUCGCUGGACCAAACGGCAAUGUUCAUUCUGAGUAUCCUGGAGAAGAACAACCCGACGGCCAUCCGCACGGGCUGCCCGUAUAAGGGUGUCGUCGCGUUCGAAGAUUUCAGAAUUGAUGAGUCCAUGGCUCCGCAGUUUCUGCCUGCCGGAGAGUAUCGACUGGAUAUGCGAUACUUCAACGAAAAAAAUCAAACAGUCAUGCAUUCGCAGGUAUUUGGUUCGGUUCGAGCCAUCGGCAUUGUGGAUUUGUCGAUGGGAUAAAUGCUGUUCCGACGUGAAAGCAUGCCAAUGUUAAUUAUGCUACUACAUGCCAGCAAUAAAUUAAACGUUAUUUGCUCCAGUGCUUUGGAUGGAGUUUGAAUUCUAAUUCCGAGGAAAGAAGUCUAUACGACAACCCUGUUCCAUCAGGAAUCUGCAGAACACGUGCAGGGCUGGUAGCGACUUACUACCUUUAACAUAAGAAAUUUAGAGACCUUAUGCUUAAAAAAAGAGACCAAACAAGAACAAAAACGAAAUCGAACGGGAGCCAAAAAGAGA